GUCAUUUUGGCUUUUCACAUUAAAAAUUUUGGAAAAGCGGUUGCGGUAAAUUGUGUGCAAAAAUAAAAACUAUACGCAAAAACAGUGUGAAAAGCACAAAAUAAAACCAUUUCAAACAAUAUUUACUGUAGCAAUUCCAACAAUUUCCCUACACAUUCGCACGCAACAUGUUGAUUAAAGUUAAGACAUUAACCGGUAAGGAAAUCGAAAUCGACAUUGAGCCUACAGACAAAGUGGACAGAAUCAAGGAGCGAGUGGAGGAAAAGGAAGGUAUACCACCACAACAGCAGCGACUCAUCUUCUCUGGAAAGCAAAUGAAUGACGACAAAACCGCCGCCGAUUACAAAGUUCAAGGUGGUUCCGUACUUCAUUUGGUGCUGGCGUUGCGAGGUGGACUGUUCUUAUUUAAGGCAUAAAAAAAUAAAAACAAUUUAUAUAAAUGAAAAGCAAAAAUGUUGUGGGGCUAAAACACGAUUUAUUGAGUGGGUGCGCAACACAAAUCGAAUUUCGAUGCAAUCUCAAUGAAAUGGUGUUUGCACUCGUUUGAAGAAAUAAAAGAAUAACGAUUUUUUAUUAAAA